CUCGAGAUGCACCUCGUCUCUCGCAAAUGCUGAACAUUUUUUGCAAACCAAGUCUGAUAAACGCAUUGCGAAGCCCACGUGCGAACUCGUGCACGCGACGCACGACGCCGCGUGCACGCUCGCUCCAAAAUCUAUGGAACGCGGGGCCGCGGACGAUACUAAAAACGACGGCAUGCGAUGGAAGGGAAUCGAUCCCCACGAAGGGAACACGGGCCGGCUCCGAUCGCAGCUGCACGGCGGCCACCACGGGGGCGGUGGCCAGCCUGCGCCAGCGCCCCGCGCGGAGGCAAAGGAGGCGAGGAGCACCGGAGCCCACCCGAGGGAGCGCGUGCGAGGCUCGGGCCGCCUGGCCUCGCGGCCACGGCGGAGGGCGCGGGGGCGGAGGGAAGAGGGGGAGGCAGGGCCCUCCCCUCGAGGCAGAGCAGUCCCCCGAAAGAGGAGAGAGCGGUCCGCCGCAGAGCCCGGCCCACCCAGGGCGGCACCGCCCGGGGCCUCCGAAGAGGCUGGCCUCCAAAAAGCUCUGCGCGCCCCCGCGGCGGGCUCUCGCUCGUUGCCGCGGGAGCGGGCGGGGCGGAGGGGAGGAGGAGGAGGAGGAGGAGGAGGAGGAGGAGGAGGAGGAGGGGUCGUGCCGUGCAGACCCCGGCGUCGGCUCCUGACACUGCU